AUGCAGUUCUCCAACGUUCUUAUCACCAGCAUCCUUGCUGUCGCCGCUGCUGCUCUGCCCGCCUCCAACGUGGCCCGCGAUACUGCCACUACCACCUCCACAAGCACUAGUGCUAGCUCCACUUCCUCGAGCUCUGGAAGUGUCCAGAUCGUGAACAACCUGGAUACCGACGUUUAUCUGUGGAGCACCUCGCUCGACUCCGGUUCCAUGCAGACCCUCAACUCCGGUGGCGGCACCUACAGCGAGCACUGGCAGAUCAACCCCGAUGGUGGCGGUAUCUCUAUCAAGAUGUCUACCUCCACCAACGAGGACAGUGUCCUCCAGUUCGAGUACACCGAGAAUGGCGAGACCCUUUACUGGGAUCUUUCCUCCAUCAAUCUGGAUAGCGACUCUGAGUUCGUUACCCAGGGUUUCUCGGUUACUCCCAGUGACUCUAGCUGCUCUUCUGCUACCUGCGCGGCUGGUGAUGUCGACUGCGCUGCUUCUUACCAGCACCCUGAUGACACUGCCACCAACUCCUGCUCCACCAGCGCCCAGUACGUUCUGACUCUGGGCUAA